AUGGCUCAGAAAAUCAGGAACCUCUGCAGUGCUGGGAAGCUGUCAGCAAAACUCUUCUUUGCCCGGUUCCUCCGCGCUCUGCUCCUCGCAGCGCUGUUGGGUCCCGUUGCCUGCUUUUCGUCCUCCUUCUACAGCCCCGGCGAGCCGCGGAGCAGCGUGCGAGUGCUGUGCGGCUCCAACUGGAGCCUGGUGUUGCAGGGCCAGUGGAUGCUGGAGUUUUAUGCUCCUUGGUGUCCAGCCUGUCAGCAGAUUGAGGCGACCUGGGAGAGCUUUGCCAAGGAGAGCGAACGGCUCGGCAUCACCGUUGGAAAGGUGGAUGUCACUCAGGAACCAGGCUUGAGUGGUCGUUUCUUUGUCACAACACUUCCUACAAUUUACCAUGCCAACGAUGGAGUGUUCCGCAGAUACCGCGGCUCCCGCACCUUGGAAGAUCUUCAAGGCUACAUCCUAGAGAGGAAAUGGGAAGCUGUGGAGCCUGUAGCAGGAUGGAAGUCUCCAUCUUCUAUAAUGAUGCAUGGCAUGGCAGGGCUGUUUCACUUCUCGGGAUGGAUCAGGCAAAUUCAUAACUACCUCACUGGCACUCUUGGAGUUCAUAUUUGGGUUUCCUAUGCCAUCUUCAUCUUAGCUACCUUACUGAUUGGCCUGCUCCUGGGUUUGAUCCUGGUUUUAAUUUCAGACUGCCUCUGCCCAGCCAAGUCAAAACACACAGCUGAAACUCCUGACGAAGCAAUCACCAAGGAGAACGCGGAGAACGCGGCGCUGGAAGAGCCGGAGGAGGCUGCAGAGCUCUCCACGGACGAUGCCGAAGAGGCUGCAGAUGUCAAAGAUCUCUCAGACGGAGAAGACGCAGCAAAUUCAAGUGCUGAUGAGUCGGAGGAGGAUUUAGCACUUGGAAAAGAAUCAGGGGAAGAAGAAAUGGAAGACUUAAGUGAGCAGCCUUUAGCUGAAUCAGAGACUGAAAGCACAGUGAGGCAGCGGAAGAGUCAGGGGGCUGAGAAGGAACUAUAGUUUUCCCAGUGGUGUAUCUUGUACACUUGGACCAAAGAAGUGUCAGACCCCUUGAGGGUCUGAAGCUGGAGCUUACACUUGAUUUGUCGUUGGUGUUUACGCAAAGCUCUGCUCUGCCAGCAGGCUCCUCUUUUUUUAAGCUUAGUACUUGCUUACUUUCUUUGAUAAGCACAUUUGCUGUGUAUUGUGUGACCUUAGCCGUGACAAUCAAAAUCAGUGUCUUAUCUGUUCUGUGUUCUCUCAGAGAAAAAGGGGGUGUCAGCCUCAGUUCACCAGCUCUGAAAUGAUCAUUGUGUGUGUCACUCUAAGGACUGACCUGGGCAAGAUCAGGAGUUUUAACUCCACUGUAGCUUGGCAGGUCUAUGACUUUUCUGUCUGAAUGUUGAUUGUUCCCAAAUGCCACAGAAGCACAGAGACGAUUCACUAGUGAAAAGGAGGCACCUUACUGGUCUUCUAUCAAAAAUGUUGUUUACCAUGGGUUUGUUUUUAUCACUUUCAACUGAAGCACCUUUCUCUUCCAUUUCUAUUCGUGUUUGUUUUGGAAGUUGAUCCUGCAGCUCACCCCCAGAUGUGUCAGUUUUUGGUGAUCCAGAGGCUGUGGAGCUUGAGUUGUUUGACCCAAGGAGUUGGAGUAAUUUAAAAUAUCAGGCAGAAAGAGAAUUGCAACUGAAUGUUUAAAAUGUGUUGGAACCUUUUAAAAGGUUUAAAGGAAAUUAUUUUGGUCAGAGAGAAAUUUUACCAAAGCACAACAAUUUUUUUUUUUUCUUUUGGUAAUUUGUCCCCAUCAGGAGAUUGUAGCAGGAAAUACUCACUUUGGAGUCAGUAAGUUCUCUUUUUCUUGCCAGUACAAGUUUGUCACGUGCAGUGUAGUCCUGCCAUUUCCAACUCAUGCUUUUGGCAGAACUCAAGAUGCUUUAGUGAUGUUGUCUGAAGAGGCGUUUAGGGUUUUACUUUUAAUCACUUUUCUACUUUUGAAAUCAUCUGGUUGGGAAAAGAGAGGGGGAACAGGUGGGUAGUGAUGAGAAGCUUUGAGUUUUGCUGCUUCUGUCAGAAUUGUGCGUUGAACUGCGUAAAGUGAAAAUGGCUCGUCAGGUAGACAGAUGUGGUUAGACUUGGGUCAUGAAACAUGUCAGUGUAUCACUCCUUUGGGUUAGUAUAAAAGUCUUUUUUGGUAAGGAGUGUCCUCAGUGAGAUCCUGUAUGUUCCUGCUUUGUUGAUGUAUGACCAUGAACGUAAGAUGUGUCAUAAUC